AUCGUCUGACAUGCGUUACCAUGGCAACGCGCACCACAACAAUCACGGAUAGUCAUUGGAAUUAUUGAAUUUUAUAUCGUAUUCGAGAAGUUUUUAUAUUGUGCGUAGUUUUAUUUAUUUUUGCAUGUGACCAAACAAUGUCAGUGUUGAGUCUACUGCCUGAAGAUAAACGGAAGGAUCAAAGAAAAGAGUCCCUAGAGACGGUGUACAGCAGCAACUCCCGUCUGAAUCUGUUGAACAAGCGAAAGCGCCUGAACCCGCUCGUGUCAGAGAUGUCGCACCAGACGUUGAGCAGCAAGGCCGGCGACAGGUAUGUGGCGCAGCGAGUGCUGUCAGCGAAGACGCACCGCGUGAAGCAACUGCAGAACCAGUUGGCGGACGCGCAUUAUCAUUUGCAGGAACUAAGCAAUGAGAAUCGUGUACUGCGCGCGGUUCAAAAGAAACAAGAGAUCGCGUUGCAAAGAUAUGAGAACUCAAACGCAGAACUACCUCAAGUGCUAAACUCACAUACAGAAGAGAUGAGGAUCCAGCAAAGCAAGUACAAACAGCUAAAACAGCAGUACAAAGAGGUAACGCAGAAGCUGAAGGAGAAAGACUUGCAGUUACAGCAGUUGAGAGAUGAACACCAGCACCUGUUGGACCUCAGCAAGGAUCGAAAUCUGCUAGAACGUGAGAAACUUCAAGCUCAAGUGACGGAUCUGACAGCGAAGGUGCAACAGCAGAAUGAGACGAUCACGAUGCUGCAGCGGCGGAUAGCGCUCGAAGCUAAGAACUUCAAGCAUCAGCUGCAGAACGAGAUCAACAAGCAUAAGGACACCCGUCAUGACCUUGACCUGGCCAUCAGCAAUGCGGACAAACUGUCCAGUAUCAUCGAGAUGAAAGAGAAGAUGUUAAGCACAGCGGCAAGCCGUCCAGUCAAGUCGCCCACAAAACUGACAUCCACGAUGAACCCAGGAAGAUCACCACCCAUUAAAAUGAAGCCACCAGAACCGAGUAUACACAGAAGCAAUGACGACAGAUUGACUAUGGAUCAAACUAUCCUGGCCAAGCUUUGCGAGAAUUCUCGCAGCAUCAGUAGUGCCCUCUCCCACGACGAAGAAACCUCAUCGUCGAUUGAACCUCGCUCCAGGUAUGCCAGAAGCAGGACCACGUCGAACAGCACCCGCUCCACCCCCAUCCCCACUAGGAAGAGUUCCAAAGGUUCAGACGACAUAAUCGAACUUGCCAAAACAGUACAAGACGGCAUGGCUGACCUCGCGAUUUUCGACGAUGAUCUAGAUACAAAGAAUUCUACGCCAGAUGAAGUUGCGAAGAAAAUGGAAGCAAUGAAAGCUGAGUUGAUUAAAAAGAUUAAAGAUGAAGAGCCUGCGUCACGAAAAACUAGUGCUUUGUUACGUAGGAGGUCUACAGAAGAAUCAAUUGAGGAACAAAUAGUUGAGGAAGAACCCGAACGACCAAAGUCUAAAGGAAGACGAAGCUCCAACGUGUCAUUUUAUGACAAUGCUGGAGGCGACGAUGUGUCUGUUGGAAAUGAAUACAAAAUGGCCGAAGAGAGAAUAAAAAGAGAGAACAGCGUGCUAGAACGAAAGUUGUCUACAAAACCAAUAGACAAAUACUGCAAAGACAUCAUCCAAGACAUAGAGAAGAGUAGUAAAGUCAUAGAUAAGCACGUGAAGCAGUUUAACCAUUCGAGGUUUGAAGGCGAUAAAAUAGUGGAACAACUGCAAGUUGUGGACAAAUUAAACGAGUACGUCAAUUCUAAAGGUGAGAUAUCGGAGACAGCUUUGACAGAACUGAAUAAUAAUUUUAAAGUGUUGACUGAAUCGGUACUGGAGGCUGCGCCUACCAGAAAGAGGUCAGUGUCAGGCAGAAGGAACUCAAGAUGUAACCUACUUGGUGAUUCGAAUCUGAGCAACCAGGAUUUGUUGGACGACUUGUUGGGUAAGAAAUGAUAUACGGUCUUAUGUUAGAUGGUUUA